UUCUGAACACUGUCUCCAAAGCUACUGCAGUGGUAGGUCAACGACGCUCAGGUGAAACGCAGUCAUGAUUUUCAGAAGUUAUUGCAUCUUGGCACAGAAGACUGCACGAGUGUUAGUUUCGGGUAGACAUCAACUUCCGACUUGCAUCUGGCUAAGUCUUCGUAGGUCGGCGAGCUCAAUGGCUGUGUGUCCGGUGUUGUCGGUGCAACCUACCCGGGCACUGGUGGACGAGAAAUUUCAGAUAGUUGUGAGAAAUCUACACCCAAAACAAGAGGUGACGGUCCAUUCUUUACAUCACUCUGAGGAUAAAGACUACUGGGAGGCGUUUGGCCAUUAUAUCAGCGACGAAAAUGGAACCGUUACAGUCAUGGAAGAUGCAAGCAGAGGUGGGACCUACACUGGAACUGAACCCAUGGGCCUACUUUGGAGCCUGCGGCCCAUUCCUGGUAGCAGACACGGGCUCAGGAUGCGAAAGAAGAACGUUCUGUCUCCAAUGGUGGUGAACAUAUCCGUCUACAAAGGUCACAUGAACCAGGGGUUUUCUGAAGAGGCCGCAUUGGCGACGGUUGUCACGGAGAGAUGGUACCUGGCGCCAGGUGUGCAGCGUGUGGACAUUAGGGAACAAGGGGUCAAAGGCACACUCUUCAUACCACCAGGCCCGGGGCUCUUUCCUGCAGUCCUGGACAUGUGGGGAGGGGGAGGGGGGCUGGUGGAGUACCGGGCCGCCCUCCUGGCAUCACAUGGCUUUGUUGCUUUGGCGUUGCAAUACCUCACUCCGAAUAAAGAGCGGACGUUGGAUAUUGAGACCGGAUACUUUGAGAUGGCGUAUCAUAUCCUGCAGUCCCUGCCUCAGGUGUCUUCAGAUAGAGUGGCUGUGCUUGGCCUGUCCUUCGGGGCGUCAGUCACCCUCACACUCGCAGCAUACUCUAAAACCGCCAAGCCCCGGUGCUGUGUGUGUAUCAGUGGUAGUCAUGUUCACCCUGUCAACAAGACCCUCUUUGAGUUCUUCCAGCUAAUGAACCAGAGCUUAGCCAAGUCACGCAUUGAUGAGAAUAAUCAUGUGAUCUGGAGAGAUGUCAUUCUGCCCAUCCCUACUGAGCCUGAUCUUAAAGUGGAUGUGGGCAAGAUAAAGUGUCCUCUGCUGGUUGUGAUCGCUCAGGAUGAUCAGAGCUGGGCCACUGUGGAGUCCACUGAAGACAUGGAGCAGAUUAUGGAGAGGUCUGGAAAUCGUCACCUGCUGACGGUGUUGUCAUACCCAGACGCAGGUCACUUGAUUGAGCCUCCAUACACACCACACAUCCGGUUCAGUAACUUCAUCAAUCAACACAACAGGGAAAAAGUGAUCAUGCUGUGGGGAGGUCAGACUAAGCCUCAUGCAGACGCCCAGGAAGACGCAUGGGAGAAGAUCCUCCUCUUCCUCCAGAAACACCUCUACCAGGAUAUACCACCAGAGGCCAAGCUAUGAAACUGCUCUCUCUCUCUCUCUCUCUCUCUCAAACACACACACACACACACACACACACACACACACACACACACACACACACUCUACCAGGAUAUACCACCAGCGGCCAAGCUCUAAAACUACACACACUCUCACACACACACACACAUCGUGAUGUACCAGACACUUCUACCAGGCACCACCAGAUACUAAACUCAGGUUUAACCACCAGCAUCCACCAGCGCUGGAACAGACUUAAAAAAAAUGUCCCAGAUCAAUCUGUAAAACCACAACAGGGCUACAAUCACCACACAGUCUCACGUCAUCAUGUACCUCAACUGGUUGCAGUCAAGGAAACAGAUGCUAUUUAAUAUACCGUGACUGCAUAAUGUUGUGCCUAUGUGUCUGGUAUGGGGUCUCCUAGGGUUAGGAACUGAAGAGAGAGCCAUAUUCUGGUCACCAUAGCAUUAGAAUGCUGUGCUCCCAACAGUAUUCUAUAACAAUGUGCUGCUGUAGUAACGGUGAAAGGUUCACAGGUAUUGCUUAAUGUCAUGGGCUGUCCUAGCUAGUUGAAGGUUCAGCCCCAAUGACUUAGGAUGACUGAAUGCAUUUAUAUACAGUAGGAUGUGUUGGUUUUUCAGACGUGUGGUUAUUUGAGACUCAGUUCUGUAAGAGAUGACUGUAUAUAUCCUGCUGGAGAACAUAAACAAACUUGACAAAGCAGCCAAUCUGACCACUUAACGGGGGUCGGCCACGAGGAACCAUCACAAGCCACGGCUCAGCGAAACCCAGUUAUAAUCUAGAACAGCGGAAGGUUGCCACAUCCGUUUGCAUUAGAAGUCUAGUUAAUUUACAUUAAGAGCCUACUGGGGAUCUUAAACAGUAUAUAUGGCUAGAGUUGGAGAGGCUGGUGGGUCAGACCUUCGGGCUGAAUCUGUUACUACUCUUUACCGGAAUGAAGACUGAUUGCUGAAUGAACCACAAGAAACAUUCUUUUUACUUGCUGCUCUGAAAGUCUGUGAAAAAUCUGUCCUGGUCAGGAUGUCACAGUCCAUAGUUGUAAGGAUUAUGUUAAUACAUUAUUUAAUGGAACAUUUUAUUUUUUUUAAUAAAUGAAAUAAUUGGAUUUUCAGUUGAGUGUGUCUGGUUCUAUAACAUCCAAAUCAGAAAAUGCCAGCAGCUGUU